AUGUUGGCCACCCUCACCCUCCUGCUGGGGCUGCCCCUGGCCCUGGGCACCGAGCGCCCGAGCUGCGCGCCGCUCGUCCCGGUCACCUUCGACAGCAGCACCAUCCCCCAGCUCCUGGGACAGUGGUUCUACAUCGCUGGUGCCUCCAGGUACCCCCCUCACCUGGCAGAGCUGAGAGCAGUGACAUUUGAGGCUUUUUCCUUCUCUCCUGGCAGCCACGAGAACGAGCUCAACAUCAGUGAAAUCAUAAGAAUGAAUGAGACGUGUGUGGUGAGGAACUCCAGCAGGACCCAGGUCUUCCAGCACAACUCCACCCUGGUGCACGUUGGUGAGGACGGGGUGAUUUCCAUGGCCAGACUGAUCCAAAGUGACAAAGACCUGCUGGUCCUGAACCACAUCAACAUUGACUUCCCAAAUCUGAGUCUCUCAGCACGGACACCCAACGUGAGCAAGGAGCACAUGGAGGAGUUCAAAGCCCACCUGCAGUGCCUGGGUUUCACUGAGGAGGAAGUGUUCUAUGCUUCCCCAGAGCAUGCCUGUCCCCUGCCUGGGGGUGAAGACAAUGCAGAUCCUCACCUGGGGUAACCCCCAUGGACUGGGCCAGCUGCUCCAUCCUCAUCCUCCUCCAGGCUCAGCACAGCCUCAGAACAUCUUAUCCUGUCCAUGUUUUGGUUUUUCAUCCUGCACUAAACACCCAAUUCCACUGUUCUCAACUGGGCCCAAAAUAAAC